AUGAAAGAAGCAGAAAAUUUUCGCCUUUUGCGUGAGCAGGCUGAUAAGAUAUCACCGCGCAUAUUUGACGACGAUCACAAUCCAAAACAUUCUUCCGAUGCUGCAGGUCCGAUGAAUAUGUCUUCUGACCCGACUCUUCGAUUGAUAUGGAUGGAUGCUAUGGAUUUGCGUGAAUUACAGGACCACUCCGAACAAAGCGAAUUCCUAGUGCUCAGAAGACUUCUUGGAAUUGAUCGAAUAUCGUAUGAUACCCUUUCGCGAUAUCACAUUAAAGGACAUUUGGAUAAUUUUAUGAGGGCUGGAUUAUGUUAUCCAAGAUAUCGAGGACCAAGCAGUCGUGUGCGCUUACCAGCGGGGUUAAAAGUUAUUCGAAAAUUGGGUAGUGAUUGCCUGGAGAAGGAAAAUUAUCCUGGAUCGGAUAAUGAAGGAAAAUCAUCGUUUUCGGGAAUUUUUGGCUAUCACUUGGUCACUGCAUCAGAUCGACGUAUUAUACUGACCACUAAUGAACGUGAUACUCUGGCGGUAUUUGAAGCCACCGGUGGAAUGCUAUGUAUAGCGCUGCCCAAGGGUGAACAAUUGGAUACAAGUGUUCUUCCAUACUUGGAAGAUUUCGAUAUGGUUUACCUUUGGUUUCCCUAUGUUCAGGAAAAGUAUGCGAAGGAUUAUGCAUCAUUGUUGAAUGCUAAUCGUUGCUUUAUCGUUGACAAUCAUGAGCGCCCAAUUGAACUGUUACGUUCUGAUCGUAGACGUGAAAUUAAUAAAGCAAUUCGAGAGGAGUCAAUUCGUUUACGUGGCAGAGGAUUUCGUUCAUUAAUUGAUGUACGAAGUGAACUGAAGUCCGAGCUGGUUAAGGAUCAGAUGAAAAUGAAUGGCGUUGCACAGUGGAAACGAUUUGAUUUGCUGAACCGAUUCAUGCGUGGAUUUCGACCUGGAGAAAUGACUGUUAUAACGGGAGGUACGGGCUUCGGCAAGACAACAUUUCUUUGCGAAUAUGCUCUUGAUCUUCUUGUUCAGGGGGUUCGUACUUUAUUCUGCAGUUUCGAAAUGCCGGAUGAAAAAAUUCUGAAAUGGAUGCUCGUGCAAUUUGCGGCUUUUGUUAGACCAGCACAUCUUCGGAGUAUGGCGAAAUCUCGAACGGUUCAUAAUGGAGUGAAGUUACCUUUGUACAAAGUAGAACAUCACCCAGCCGUUGAACUAUGGAUUGAUCGUUUUGAACGAACUAAAGGAGAAUUGAUCAUUAUGAAAGCGGAUGAAUUCCGGAACCGUUCCGUCAGUCAAAUAGCCAGUGCUAUCAGAAAUCAAGUUGUAGCAGGUGAAAUCGAACAUGUUGUCAUUGAUAAUUUACAAUUUCUAGUAGGUCUUGCAAUUCUGAACGAUGAAACAGCGAACUCAUUCGAACGAUUCCAUCAACAGGAUCGCUUUAUUGGUUUGAUGCGAAGUAUUGCCACUGAUUGCAUGACACAUAUCACAAUGGUAGUCCAUCCUCGAAAAACUAAUAGUGGCGAAGAUCUCGACAUACAUCAUUUCGGGGGUUCAGGGCGAGUUACACAAGAAGCAGAUAAUAUUUUUGCAAUACAACGAAGACGAGAUGAAGCCGAUCGACGUAGAUUUCGUAAAUUUUUAUAUAUUUUGAAGAAUCGAUAUGGUCAGAGAAAAGUUGAGGAUGAUAUGAUUGAGAUGAUCUUUCAACCAGCCACAUACACACACACGUUGGUUGACCUAUCUGUAGGUCCGCUGAGCUCAUCCUCCAAAUGA